AUGGUUUACAAGCUUUAUGGUUCACCCAUGUCUCCCUACUUUUUAGUUGCUGCAAUUAGCAUCAAGCUAGUUGGCGGGGACUAUGAGCAAAUUCCCGUCCUUCCUCACAACGAUGACCCCGAGUUUGUCAAGGCAUCUCCUCUAGGCAAGAUCCCGGCACUUGUUGACGGUGACUUCAGCAUUGCCGAUUCUACUGCUAUUGCCGUGUAUGUUGACGCUGUUGCUAGCGCCAGCGGUUCCAGCAGCUUGUUUGGAUCCGACCCCGCGACCAAGGCUCGCAUCGCCUUCUUUGAAAAGUUUGCUCAGAGCGACGGAACCACUAUCUCCUCCAAGCUUGUGGGCAUCAUGUUCAGGACCCCUGACGAUACUGAGGCUCUUACCGAGGCCAAGAAAGAAGCUCUGAAGACCAUUGAGUUUUUGGAGAAGCACGUCCAAGACAAUGGUCACUUUGUUGGUUCGACCUACACUGCUGCUGAUGUCGCUAUCUACAGCCACCUGACAGCGUACCAGCUUUUUGAGGUGCUUGAUGCUGAUAAGUUCCCCAAGCUGAGCGACUUCUACAAGAAGGCCAGUGAGCUGCCCGCUUUCUCCGAACCUGCUGAUGCCAGCAAGGAAAUGGCCGCCAAAUUCUUUGCCAAAAAGUAA